AUGCUUUCCUCAAUGGUGGUGCCCUCAAACUCAAUCUAUGCCGGUCUAAACUCCAUUAUAUCUGGCAGUCCUUCUCCUACUAUUGAAAAUGAACCAUUUAUACCAGAAGACGUUGAAAACGAUCUCGACGGUGAAACAGAGACUCUGCCCAAUCUGUCACUUCAUGAUCUUUCUAGUGAAGAUUUAGAUAGCCACAAUCCAACAGCUUCCAAGUGGCGAGAUACAAUUACUGGUGCAUCUAAAGGAGUCACAGACAAAACUGAUGCUGAUUAUCAGCGUCUUAUCAAGCAAUGUAUCAAGUUUCUGAUUAGCAAGAACAUGAUUAAAAAACGUGAAGAUUUUGCUUGUUGCAAUCCACCCGACGAUGCACCUUUUUUCAUUGCGGCAUGGAUUAUGGACAAAUGCGAUGAUAUUUAUCUUGAUGGAACUUUAAAGCCAACACAUGUUGUCCGUGAUUCCUAUGUACAUGGCCAAAAGAUGAGAGCGUCUAUGACAUAUCUUUUUGGACGUGAACUUGGUUUAGGCUCAGAUAGGUGGAGAAGAAAUGAGCUUACGGGUAAAAUGAUAGGAAAUCCAUCAGUAUCCGACACCGUAGCAACAUACAUGAUGAGUUUGCGUGCUCGGAAGAUUCGAAAUGGUGAAACACCAACAAGUGCACGCGCAAUCACCUCAGCUACUCUAAAAGCUCUUUAUGAUGAAAAUCAUAAAUCCGAAAACUAUGAUAUCAAACCCUAUGCUCCAGGGUCUAGAAAAGAACAAGAUAGCAACCAUUGGGGAGGAGGAUUAGCCCGACGCGCUCUUGAGGCAAUUUAUACAAUUGCUUUUCUCUGUCUACUCCGAUCAGAUGAGGUAUUGAAAAUCCGACGUGAACAUAUUGUUUAUCAGAUGAAUCCACCUGGACUGGUUCUUACACUACCAUUUCGCAAAACACAUCAGCAUGGCGGAAUUAAGCCAUUUUAUCUGCGGUUACUAGCAGAAAAUGAGGCUCAUCUUUGUCCUGUUCGUGCAAUGGCAAAUUGGCUUGAUGCAAGCGAGAUUACCGAUGGCUACAUUUUUCGAAAGAUUGCAUCUGGGGAUAGGCCAUCGGCUGAUAACAUACCCAUGACAUCAGAGCAAUUUCUUGAGCUGUUCCGAAACAAUCUUCUUGAUAUUGGCGUUGAUCCAAUACCAUAUGGAACACACUCUUUCCGUCGUGGUGGUUGCCAAUACCUUUCAUCAGAAAGACGUUGGUCUAUUCGCACUAUUUGUGAAUGGGGUGGAUGGAGUACUGAAUUUUCUAAUCUCACUAUUUCAAGUGCUUUAUGUGUGGACGAACAUGUCACUGUGCAUAGUAAAAUUAUAUAUAAUUGA